UAUAAAACGUAGGUAAUGGCUUUCAUAUGUACAAGUACCUUUGUAGAAUUAUGCAGUGGUGUAAUGGACAACAAUGAUAAUUCCUCCAGAGAAAUUCUCCAGUGUGUGGGGAUGGGUGAUGAUGGACAGCAGGAACCCUCGCGUAGCGGACUACUUUGUGGUGGCAGGGCUGAUGGACGAGUCCAAGCCGCUGGACGAGGAGAUCCACUUCGAUGACGCCUGCCACCAGACGGCCCGGCCCAAGCCGCCCGUCACCGACGUCGCCGUGGUGAUGCGCUCGCUCGGCGAGCAGGUGCCCGCGGGGUACACCUGCGUGGAGACCACGCCCUCCGGACUCUCCGCGGACCUGAACGGGGGCAGCCUCAUGGGACCCCAGACCUACCUGUGCUACAGGAGAGGGCGGGACAAGCCCCCGCUCAUGGACCUGGGGGUUCUCUACGAGUGGAAGGAGAGGCUGAAGCAGGGCUGUGACAUCAUUCAGACCACGCCCUACGGUCGCCCGGCCAACAUCAGUGGCUCCUCCUCCCAGCGCAUCUACAUCACCUACCGCCGUGCCCCCAGCAGCCCCUCCCACGCCCUGCUGGCCGUCACGGACAUCUGCGUCAUCAUCCCCGGCAAGGGCGAGGCCCCGCCCCACACCUUCUGUAGGGUGGAGAAGAACCUCAACAGCAGCAUGUGGGGGUCAUCCAUCUACCUGUGUUACAAAAAAUCUGUGGCCAAAACCAACACAAUAGCAUACAAAGCAGGGCUGAUCUGCAGGUACCCAGAGCAGGACUAUGAGUCCUUCCCACUGCCUGAGUCCGUGCCUCUCUUCUGCCUGCCAAUGGGGGCCACCAUGGAGUGCUGGCCCGCCCACACCAAAUAUUCCCUCCCCGUCUUCUCCACCUUUGUGCUGACUGGCGCCUCUGGGGAAAAGGUGUACGGAGCCGCUAUCCAGUUCUACGAGCCCCAUCCCCAGGAAUGUCUCAUGGAGAAACAGCGCCUCCUACUGGGCCUGGUCGACGGGGAGCGUGGGAUCGAGGGCCCCAGGACCGUCCACACCCUCAAGUGCAUCUGCCUCCUCUCUCACUGGCCCUUCUUCGACGCCUUCCGGAAGUUUCUCACCUUCCUCUACCGAUACUCCAUCUCCGGCCCCCACGCGCUGCCUAUUGAGAAACACGUGACCCACUUCAUGCACAGAGUGCCCUUCCCCUCCUCCCAGAGGCCACGCAUCCUCGUGCAGCUCUCUCCACAUGACAGUUUGAUGCUGAGCCAGCCCGUCUCCUCUCCCCUGCCUCUCAGCGGUGGGCGGUUCUCCGCCCUGCUGCAGAACCUGGGGCCGGAGAACGCCGCCACGCUGCUGGUCUUCGCCGUCACCGAGCACAAGAUCCUGGUGCACUCUCUCCGCCCGGCCGCCCUGACCAGCGUCACCGAGGCCCUGGUGUCGAUGAUCUUCCCUUUCCACUGGCAAUGCCCCUACAUCCCGCUGUGCCCAUUGGCGCUGGCAGACGUGCUCAGUGCCCCCUGUCCGUUCAUCGUGGGUGUGGACUCCCGCUACUUUGACCUUUACGACCCCCCGCCAGACGUCAGCUGUGUGGACCUGGACACAAACACCAUCUCCCAUAAUGAAGACAAGAAGGCCCUGACCUGGAAGAUCUUGCCAAAGAAGGCCUGCAAAAACCUGAUGAACAUCCUGAGCGACCUGCACCAGCAGCUCACAGACGGCCAGCAGAAGCCCAGGGAGGAUGGUCUGCUGGAGCCGUCGCUGAGCGAGCAGGACUUCGGGGGGAAGAGCCUGCAGACGCUGGAGCUGGAGAUCCAGGAGGCCUUCCUGCGCUUCAUGGCCGCCGUGCUGAGGGGCUACCGCUCCUUCCUGCGGCCCAUCACCCAGGCGCCCUCCGAGAAGGCCACCGACGCCAGCUCCCUGUUCGACCUGCAAGGGUUCCUGAGAAGCCGGGACCGUUCGCAGCAGAAGUUCUACUCCUUCAUGACCAAGACGCAGAUGUUCAUCCGCUUCAUCGAGGAGUGCUCCUUCGUCAGCGACAAGGACGCCAGCCUGGCCUUCUUCGACGACUGCGUGGAGAAGCUCUUUGGCACCGAGAGCGGUGCGGACAAAGGAGUAAAGGCAGACAGUGAGCGGUCAGAGGAGACCAGGCUGAUCGAGCUGGACGAGUCCCAUCGCAGCGAACACACAGUCUUCAUCACCCCCCCAGAGCUGCCCCCCCUCCCUGACGGAGAGGAGUACCCGCUACGCUACAGCUACAGCGGGUUCCCUGUGCUAAACGCUGAGCUGCUGGAUCCCCCUGAGGGCCUGCGCGCCCCCGCCUCCACCCUGGCCUCCCGCCAGACCUGCCCCGCCAGCCCCGCCCCCAUGUUCCGCCGCACCAAGCAGGAGAUAAAGUCGGCGCACAAGGUGGCCAAGAAGUCUUCGUCCGUGCCGCAGCAGUGGGCCGGUUGCCUGCUGAGGCACUGCUACGGCCUGUGGUUCAUCUGCCUGCCCGCCUACGUGGCCGUCUGCCACUCCAAGGUGCGGGCGCUGCGCACCGCCUACGACGUGCUGCGGAGGAUGCAGGCCAGGAGGCUGCAGGCCCCCGACGAGGUGUGUUACCGGGUGCUGAUGCAGCUCUGCGGGCAGUAUGGCCAGCCGGUCCUGGCGGUCCGGGUCCUGUUUGAGAUGAAGAAGGCUGGGGUGCACCCCAACGCCAUCACCUACGGGUACUACAACAAGGCUGUGUUAGAGAGCACCUGGCCCUCCACCACCAGGGGGGGCUACUUCCUGUGGAUGAAGCUUCGCAACGUGGUGCUGGGCGUGGCCCAGUUCAGGCAGGCUCUGAAGAGGCAGCAGGCCAACGCAGCGCAGACCCCUCUGUCAGAUGGCAGCGAUCUGGACGGAGUGAGUCACGGCAGCACGGACGGGUCUAACGACACUAACCCCGGAGACCACGCCGCCAUCAGCUGCCUCAAAGUAGACCCCGCUGACGAUAGGUCUAGCACAGGGGGACAGUCAGAUUUGGGGUAUAACUCCCUGUCCAAAGAGGACGUGCGCAGGGCAGCCUGCGGAGCGCAGGCCAGCGCCCCCGAGAAGGAGGAGCGGAAGAAAGAGAGCGACUCCAGCUCUCUGUCGGAGACUGAAAGUGCCAAAGGCAGUGGGGACUGCCUUCCUCAGCUGGACUUCCCUGAGGCCAGUGACGUGUUCAAGCCCCUCGCUGGCAUCGUCCGUAGCAACCGUCCCUACGGCAACGCGGCCAGCGGGUCACAUGAUUCCAGUGCAGACCACGUGGCUGGGCUCCUCUUCACCUCCUCCCUGGAGGAGAUCGGCACGGUUCAGGGCGGCAGUCUGCACAGGCAGAGGAGCAGCGUGGAGGAGCGGCAGGGUGUGGAGGACUGGCUGGGGGUCAGAGGUCGCAGCCUGAGCGUCGACCCGGCCGGGGGGGUGGGGGUCCUGGCGCUGGGCAUGACCCAGGCGGAGACGGACCCCGCCCGCAUCGCGGAGAGCCUGGGCGAGGACGCCAAGAUCCUCUCCGGAACCUUCUGGAAGGCCCAGCGGCCGGACUCCCUGGCGGUGGGGGGAGGGGGGCGGGCGGUGCGUUCCCAGACUCGGGACGCGGGCGGCGCGCGCGGGCGUUGCCGUGACGACCGGCGGGGCAGGCAGGACUCCAGCGACGAGGAGAAAGCGGAGACCAUCUUCGCCCUGGAUGACCUGGACGAGGAGGUGCGGGACGAGGGCAGGGCGAAAAGGACCGCGGGCGGGGGCGCGGGCGGGGGUGCGGGGGAGGCGGAGCGGGCCGUGGUGCGGGUGGGCCUCGACCCGCUCUCCCUCCUGGUGGCGGAGACGGAGGAAGAGGAGGAGGAGGAGGAUGAGCCCGACGCUGAGGGCGUGCUGACUCCUCGGCGCCACCUGGCGGAGGAGAUCGAGAUGUACAUGAACCACCUGGGCAGCCCCCUCAGCAGCCGCACGCCCAGCAUGGACCUGCAGGACCCCUCCAGCGCCCGCCUGUACCCCAGCUCCCCCCGGCAGCGCGCCCUGUCCCCCGCCCGGCCGGGCGCCCUGUCCCCCGCCCUGCCGGGCUCCCCCUCCUCCACGGCCUUCGCCCUGGACACCCUCCUCACGCCCACGCUUGACGUCUUCCGCAGCAGCAUGUUCUCCGCGGGGAAGGGCGUGGCCGAGAAGGCCAGCCGCUGGUACUCCCGCUUCGCCACCUACGCCUCGCCCACCAAGGACGCGAACUACGAUCGGAGAAGCGUGUCUUCCCUGGGCGCGGGCGACCCGGACAGCUCAUCCCUGCUGGGAGAGGAGUCGAGCCCGGACCCUGGGGGUCUCUCCUCCCCCCAGCGGAAAGGGCCCCGCAGGAGCCCCUGUCUGACCCGCUCGGAGAGCCCUGCCCUGGGCCGCGCCCCGAACCACACGCCGCUCCCCAGGUCCAGCCAUCAGCCCUACCCUGCAGGCUGCGCGGCGUCGCCGUCCAGCUUCACGCUGCCGGACCGGUCCGAGCUGGGCUCCUCCCACCACACCAGCAGCACCAGCAUCUUUCACAACUACGCCAUGGAGGUGCUGAUCUCCAGCUGCUCGCGCUGUAAGACCUGUGACUGCCUUGUGUAUGACGAGGAGAUCAUGGCCGGCUGGACCGCGGACGACUCCAACCUCAACACCACCUGCCCCUUCUGCGCCAACCCCUUCCUGCCCUUCCUCAACGUGGAGAUCCGCGACCUGCGGAGGCCUGGGAGGCUCUUCCUGAAGAGCAGUCCCUCGGCGGAGGAUGCCCUGUCCUCGUCCUUCUCCGUCUCCACGGGUUUGGGGACGGGCACGUCCACGCUCUCCACCCCCGGGCCCACCACCGCGCUCCUCUCUCCGCCCUCUCCCAGAAUCACCCUGCAGGAAUGCCCCGAGGGAGACAGCAGCUACGCCCCGGCGCGCUGCAUUGAUAUUCCCACGGAGCGUCGGCAGGGAGCCCUGUCCCCGGGGGCCCACAUGGUCCGCAGCGUCAGCGCCUUCCAGCCCCUGGAGGAGCCCCUGCGAGCCGGCCUCCCCACCGUCCCCACCGGCAGCCUGCCCAGCCGGCUGAACGAGGCCGCGGACCUGCUGAGUCUGGACUGGCGUCUGCACGACCCUGACCCGGCCACGGUGCCCUACCUCAGCCCGCUGGUGCUGUGGAAGGAGCUGGAGAGCCUGCUGGAGAACGAGGGGGACCAGGCGCUGGCCGCCCGCGGCGUCCUGGACCAGCACCCCAUCGUCUUCUGGAACCUGGUCUGGUACUUCCGCCGGCUGGACCUGCCCAGCAACCUGCCGGGCCUGGUGCUCACCUCCGACCACUGCAACCGCGGCUCCCAGAUCCCUCGCCACUGGAUGUCUGAGGACAGUAAGCAUGUUCUGAUCCAGAUUCUGUGGGACAACCUGAAGCUGCACCAGGACCCAGUCCAGCCCUUCUACAUCCUGUGGAACACAUACAGUCUGAACUACCCAAUACCACGGCCAGUGAGGGAAGAACAGGCGGCCUUUGGAGAGGAGCUUCUGCAGGGAGUGGUCAGGAGCAUCCAGAAGAACGACGUGUACCGGCCCAUGAGCCAAAUGCUCAAACUGCUGGCACAGACCCUGGGGAUCAGGAGGCAAAGGAGUUUGUACAGAGACAUCCUGUUCUUGUCCUUAGUGGCUUUGGGCAAAGAUAACAUUGACAUCGAUGCCUUCGACCGCGAGUACAGGCAGGCGUACGACCGUCUGACCCCCGGCCAGGUCAAGCUCACGCGCAACUGCGACCGCCCGCCCAGCGCCGGGGUGAUGGAGUGCCGCAAGUCUUUUGGGGAGCCGUACCUGUGACCGGUCCGAGUCCAGCCAUGCCCACUACUCCCUGUUCCUCCAGUAAUGACACUGCUCCUGACCACAGCAGGAAGUGAGGUCACGCACCAACAGAGGAGCCGAUGAGGCCUGACAGGAAGUCAGUAGGAAUUAUUGUUCCUCGAGUAAUGACACCGUUCCUGACCACGGAGGAGCCCAACAACAUGGGGCAGGAAGUGAGGUCACACACCGAGGGAGGAGCCUAUGAGGCAUGACAGGAAGUGAGAUCACUAUAGGAAUCACUGCCACUGACACCGACACAUGGGGCAGGAAGUGAGGUCACACACCAAGUGAGGAGCCUAUGAGGUGUGACAGGAAGUGAGAUCACAAUAGGGAUCACUGCCGCUGACACUGACUCAGCGGGGGCCUCGAGAACAACCUGACACCUUGGCCACUGCCAGCCCCCUGAAGACCAGGGUCUUUACUGAAAUGACCAGAAGAGGGCGAUGGAGAGAGCAGGCAGAAAAAGUGUUCCAACCACACUGCCCGCAUCCAAAUGGAGUUUACAUGGCAGUUAACCCAAGGAGCCUAAUGGCAAAAUAUGCCUCUUUAAUAGUGGCCUAGCAUAGAUACGAAACGCUGUUCUUUACAGAAAAAAAGAAAAUAUAUAUCUGGUAUUAUGCGGUACAUGGGUUUUCAAAAUCCUGAACAGACUAUAUUGUAUAAAAUGCCCUGUACAGACAAUGUUACAAACUUUUGUAAAGCAACAUUUGUAUUAUACACUCAUGUAUUGAGACUAAUAUUGGCAAUAUUUUUGCUUAACUAGGAUUCUAUUUAUACAGAUUUUCCAUUAUUUAUUUCGGUAUGUCUGCUUUUGCUCUUAAAUCAGCUGUUGUGGUCAAGCUAUCUCUUGUUCCAGAGGAUCCUUUCCCCACAGUUUGCCUGAAUGGAGCAUUUCUCAGACCGACACACUCUGAUCUCACACUCCAGACUUGAAUAUAUUCCCCUCAUCAGUUGCGACAUAAUUGGCGUGUGCCAUCACUAGUGUUGUCUGGAGAUCUGUCUUUUGAUUGGCCUUCCCUGACUAGCUUUGUUUAACAUUGGGCUUGCAAUUGCAAUGAAAUCCUUGCAGAACAUUGCACAGAAAAUACCAGAGCUGGUCACACAUGUACUGGCCUUAUACAUUUUACUGUGAAAUGCACACGCCCUAUAUAAUGGACCAUACGCACAAUAUAUUUCCAUUAGCGAUUUAGCUUUUACAUAUGUUUGUUGUGUAUUGUAUUGUUGUACAAAAUAAUUAUAUGUGUUCCUCAUAGCACCGGCAUAUUUACAGGAACAUUUCUUCAAUGGCCCGGCUCAACAAAUUCAUAUUUUUAACCUGCAGCUCACGAUUCACACUGGACUUCAGUGUUCAUUUAUAUAUGAAUAUAUACAUUUACAUGUAUAUAAUUUGGCAGGUGCCCUUGUUCGGGAGACUUCGGAGUGAAAAGCUUUGCAUGCAUGUAUAAGCAGAUAAACUCAAAUAAGUACUGUCCGCACAGUGCAGACAGUAGGGGUAGUGCAAUCGGGGUAGGGAAAGGGUUAAAUAAGUUUUCAGGGUAGGUCAGUUCUUCUCUGAAGAGAUGGGUCUUCUGUCGGUUGCUGAAGAUGGCGUGUGACUCUUCUGAUGGCCUUGGGGAGGCUGUUCCACCACUUAGGUGCGAGCACCAGAAGUUUGUGGAGAUCUUCAGGAGAUCUUCAGUGGAGAUCUGUCCUUGCUCCUUCCAACGUCAGUUUGAGGAUGCACCAGUUACAGACGUGGCAGAUGGGUAGCAGAUGGAGAGAGGAGGAUCCACAGGACGAUCGUUUAUAUGUCACACAAUCCGAAAAGGAUGCGCUCAUGUUUCCGUGCUCAAGUAAAUUGUUCGAGUUCCAGGACAGGAAAAGAACAAAGAGACAGAAAAAGUAGUUGGAAAGAGCCCAGGGUGUAGGGCUUGGAGGGUGUAGGGCAGGGAUCAGCAACUCAUGGUCCUCGAUAAUAUACAGUGUAGUCCAAAAGUAUUUGGGCAGUGGUACAAUUUCUAGUCUUUUGGCUCUAUACUCCAACACAUUGCAUUUAAAAUGAAAGUAUAGACUGUAAUGUUUAAUUUGAAUGUACAUCCAUAUCAGGUGAUCCAUGUAUGAAUUACAUCCCUUUUUAUACAGACCCCCAUUUUAGGGGACCAGAAGUAAUUGGACAGUUGUCUUCUCAGCUGUCUCAUUAGUCAGGUAUAUUCAGUCGCUUUCUUAGUGCAGAUAUAAGAAAGCUUUCAGUAUCUAGUCUUGAUUCUUUCAUUUUGAUUGCCUUUGGAGUCUCUUGUUGACGUUUGUCAACAUGAGGGCUAGAGUUGUGCCAAUGAAAGUCAAGGAAGCCGAGAAAUAAGACGAAAGCAGUCACAGACAAAGGCAAACAAUAUUUUUAUAGUUCGGGCAUGUAUGGCUGUCACAGGUGCUGGCUCACUUGCCUUCAUUGACAAUGUAACAGCAGAACGAAUUCUGAAGUGUACAGAAGCAUCUUAUCUGCUCAAGCAUCUACUCAAAUGCCUCCAAGCUCAUUGGACGGCGCUUUAUCCUAUAGCAAGGCAAUGAUUCCAGACAUACUCCAGUGCUCUCGUUCUUUGUUUGGCCUAUGUCUCUGACUUUUUUUUUCCUACAUUGAUGUAAAUACUGUCAAAUACUGUCUGAACUUUGACCUCAUAUUCAUUGUUUCAUUUCAAAUCCAGUGUGCUGGAGUACAGAGCCAAAAGAACAGGAAUUGUACCGCUGUCCAAAUACUUAUGGACUGCACUGUAAGUCACAAAGUGACGUACUGUAAUGGCUCUAAGAGCCACUCAGAUCACUCCUCGCUCAUCAGCAAGGUGAGCCCACAAAUGGUGUGGGAAAACUUUCAGGUUUUUCACAUCAUUUGCAGUUUGACUGUUCAUGUCGAAAGAGAAAUGAACACCUUCCCUUGAAAUCCUGCAUGCAAUUAAGUUUGCUUUACUGCAUUUUUAAUAUCUGCCAUUCAGAACCAUUAUUUUCUGCUUUUAAAUCUUUAUGUUCCUCCAUUUUAUCAGAGGAAAUGCUUUUGCACACUUUCAUAUACAGCGCUUAAGUUUAUGAAGCCAAAAAACGCACAAUCCAAAACUACAGUAAAUGGUGUAAUGUUACCUUUUGCAUCCAGACAGGUAGUCAGUAAUUAUGCUGAAUACAGAAUGUACACAAACAUGAAUUGUGUAGAAUUGAGACGUGUUGUAGACAAGUUUACUGUUUGUCAAGUUUUCAGGUCUGUGUUAUUGCUCUGUGCUACGAGAAACGCCCUUUCCAAAAUCACAGCUCAGGAUUUUUCCAUCCUAAACACAGAAGUCCAGACACCAGACAACACCGCAGGUCCUCCGCACGAUCCAGACAGCAAUCCUCAGAUUGUUUACACUGUGCUGAUUUCAGUCCUUGAGAAUCAGAAAUGAGCACAGUGGUUAAAUGUGCUGCAGGGACUCCCUUAUUGAGUACCUUAUUGAGUGACCAAUGACAUCCCUGCUGAAAAAAAACAGCUCAAGCUAAGUUUUGAAACGGCUGGUAGCUGGUCAACAAGCUACCAGCACUAGCUGGUUGACCGGCUCAUACCCAGCUAGGCCAUAUUUAUGACCAGCUUGGUCAUGCUGGUUGACCAGCUCAUAACCACCUAGACCAGCUUUAUGACCAGCUUGGUCAUGCUGGUUGACCAGCUCAUAACCACCUAGACCAGCUUUAUGACCAGCUUGGUCAUGCUGGUUGACCAGCUCAUAACCACCUAGACCAGCUUCAUGACCAGCUUGGUCAUGCUGGUUGACCAGCUCAUACCCAGCUAGACCAGCUUUAUGACCAGCUUGGUUAUGCUGGUUGACUAGAUCAUACCCAGCUAGGCCAGCUUAUGGCUAGCUCGACCAGCUCAACUUUCAAGCCUGUCAAGCUGGCAUAGCUGGAUUUUACACCAGGGAUGCCUCCCUCCCCAUACCCUCCUCUGUGUCCAAAGCAAACUACAAAGAAUUGAAAACAAAGGGGGAAAAUAACUUUUAAAAGAUAACAUUGACACAAAGAUUUGUCAGGAAAAUUAUUAUAGUCAGUAGGCAGAAAUGUGAAGAUGGUUAGCAAACACUAAAUGAAAUGCUUUCACAUUUAUUUUGAAUGCCUUUGAGUGUUUUAUGGUUCAACAUUUUACAUUUUUAUGUUAAUCACAACAUGUAUUUUUCUUAGCUUGUUCUGAAAUAUUACACCAAAAACCGACUGAAUUACAAAAUUGUUAUUGGGGAAAGCAUCCAUUUGGAAAAUAGAUCUAUGUCUAAAAACUCUUAGAUUUGAGUUUGUAGCUUUUUGCCAUUAUCCAGUUUUGUUUCUGUUGAAAGUUGACAUUUGGGACAAGCCUCAGUAUUGACAAUCCCUUGUAUGUUGCAUAUUCGGAGUGAUGCUGACCUGGGCCAUGUCCAAAACAGGCUGCUAUCUACUGUGCCCUCAAAAUAUGUCCUGUCUACUAAACGUACUGCUCAUUCGUAUUAGUACGCAAUGGUCUCCCAAAUGCAGACUGUAAGAAUGUAGGCAAAAUGUCCUCUCAAUUUCGUGUCCUUAUUAUACAUAUUUCCCAGGUUUUGCUCAGUGUCUUCAGGGAGUACGGUAUUCAGAUAUACUUUUUAGGAGGCCCACAGAAAGGAAGAGAUGGAACCAUCUUUGGUUCCAAUCACAGUUUAAUAGAUCGUAGGCGGGGCUUUUUAUAUACAUGUGUCUUACGACACUUCCACCGUACUGUUGGAAAAUAGUUGGAAAAUAGUAUGGAGGAAAUGUCAGUGUUCAGUAUGCUUCAUAGAUGAAACCCUGGAAAUACUUAUAUCAUCCUGGGAUUUUAAGUACACUACAUUUAAGGGAAUCUUUUCACCAACUUAAAAACUUUAUAAUUCAGUGUACCCCAUUUACAUACUCAAUAGUAGCUGUUUCGGACAUGGCCCUGAUACCCCAGUGAAUUAAUGAAUGUCACAGAGGGCUUGUGUAAUGGCCAGCAGAGGGCCAUGAAAAGUGUCCAAUGAGAGCUGGCCAAACAGUUGAUGGACAGCAGUGGUCACCCAACCACGACCUAACAGACAUACUAUGCAAUCGUAGUUGUCCAAGAGGUAUUGCUAAUUGUAUAUGAAGUGGUUGUUAAUAUCUUGAAACUUGAAGCCUUUAUUCCAACCCACUUGGAAAGACAGCAUUGUCUAUGGACCCAGUCUCCUAAGAGGUGUUCUCUGCCUUGCAGUCCAUGUAUAUCAAAAAAAUAAAAUAAAAAUGUAAAAUGCGUCAGGCAGCCUGCUGCUGUUUAAAACAUCACUGUGUUUACUGAGCUGUGCACUAACAAGGAGUCUGUACAUCUCUGGAUCUGUAUGUUCAUCUUUUUAGACUGUAAAUAAACAUAUAGUCAUUGA